AUGCAGCAUCCGGACUUGGGUCCCGGAAACAUCUCGCAGAGUGAGCCGACCGCGGGCACCAGGGCAGGAGAAGCAGCCCUGUGUCCUUGGCCCUGCCCCCGCCAAGGGUUACAUGCCUGCAGUGCUCUCCCACACCACCUCUCUUCUGACCCUGCAGCCCCAGUGGUCCCCGGAGACGUGGUGGAGAUCGCAGGUGGGGCGUGCCAGUUCCCGGGGCAGCAGCUGAGCUGGUGGCAGGCUCAAGAGUACCGCGAGCUGCGGUUUGGCCACCUGGGACCCCCAAAUGGGGUCCUUGCUCCACGGCUUCCCGACCCCAUAGGCCAAAGAGAGGCCCCUCUGCGGAGAUACCCCCAGAAGUGCGUGCUUACCACCGCCGCGCUGGUGUUUGGCGAGAGGACCGCGCACAGGGCCGCGCGGCUGCGGACGCCCCUGCCGGCGCUCGGGGCGCUGACGGCGUGCGCGCACGUGCGGUGGGACCCCGCCGCGGCCGAUCUCACCGCGCUCUGCUCCCUCGCGGCGCCCGCGCUGGCCAAUGCGCUGCACCUGCGCGGAGCCGAGCCGGCCAGCGCCGUGCACGUAGCGCUGGUGGUGCGCGGACACCACGCGCCCUUCCGCGCCCACGGCCCUUGGCACCAUGUGUGCGCCACCUGGGAAAAGCGCGGCGGGCGGUGGGCGCUGUUUGCCGACGGGCGGCGACGCGAGGGCGCGGGCCACCCGGUGCCACCUAGCGGCAUCCUCGUGCUGAGCCAGGAUCAGGACUCGCUGGGCGGCGGGUUCUCGGCGCGUGACGCCUUCAGCGGCAACCUCACCAACUUCCAUAUGUGGGUGCGGGCGCUGAGCCCCGCGCAGCUGCACCAGGCAAGGGCCUGUGCGCCGCCCCGCGACGGCCUGCUCCUGCGCUAGGACCUGGGCGACCUGGACGUUACGCCCUCGCUGCUGCCGCCGGUGCGAGUGCGCCUUCCCUGUCCCGUGCCCUCAGAGGAGUGCCCUUCGUGGGACCCAGGACCCCGCACUGAGGGCUCUUUGCUCUGCCUGCAGCCACAUCCCUUGUGGAUUGAGCCCAGAAGAAGCUCUCGUCACAUCUACAGUUUCCCCGGCUACUGGACAGGUGUGCCCUGGCUGUGCCCUAGGCUCUCUGUAAUGUGUUGUUCCUCUCUGGGCAGCACAUGGAAGGUUGGGCACCUCUGGGCAGAAUGUUGCCCCAUGGCCUGGCCUGCCAUCCCCUCCUCUGCAGAGACCUAUCAGCGACUGCAGAAUGCCCAGUCAUGGCUUGGCCAGGAUGUUAUCAGCCGAGUCAAUGCUUUGGCCAAUCUCCUCCCUGACCCCCUCUCUGAAGCCCGUGGGCACCUGUCACUGGCUGAGGCGUCCAGCUUCCUGGGGAUCCUAGAGAGAGUCCUGGUGAAGGAGGCAGUUCCCCUGGGGCCGGCUGCGCUGCUGGCUGUCGUGCACUUCCUGAGGAGGGUGACGGCCCUCGUGGCUGGGGAGCCAGAGCCCCAGACAGGGCCCUGGGAGCAGCUGGGCCAGGGCGUCGUGUCUGUGGCCAGCCUGGUCCUGGAGGAGCAGCUGGUUGGUAUCUGGCCGGCAGGCAGUGAGGCAGUUGGUGGGUCCAUGGCCCUGGUGGCAAGUGUACAGCACCUGGCAUCCCUGCUGAGCACCAUGCUGACCUCUGAGCAGCCCCAACUUCACAUCCAGGACCACUGAGCCAGCCUGAAGAUGCGGAGUCUACACCUGAGGGAGGCCAGUACAGAGGGCUUCGUGUUCACAAUGCCAGGCGGGCAUCCAGAGGGGCCCGGCCACAUCCAUGUUCCCGCAGGUAAAGUGAAGCGACUCCUCGGGAAAGGCCUCUCUGGAGUCACCGUGAUGCACAGCUGGUUCAGCUCAGGCAUGUUCCAGCACGCCCUGGAGGAACCCGGCCUGGAACCCCAGGCCCCUGGCAGCGUGGGAGAGGCAGGCAGUACGCAGAGAUUUCUAUGCAUGCAGGUGGGGUCAGCCAUCAUCUCCUCUGAGGUGUGGGACAUAACCGGAAAGGUCAACACGGCUGUGACCUUUCACCUGCAACACCAGGCCCAGGCCUUCCCUCAGAAGCUGGUGGAGCCUGUCUGUGCCUCCUGGAACUUCAGCAACAGCCCAGACACAGGGGGCUCCUGGGCCACUACUGGCUGCUCCGUGGCUGCCUUGCACCAGGACUCCACCGCCUGCUUCCACAACCACAGCACCAACUUUGCUGUCCUGCUGCAGAGAGGUCCUGAGGAGGAGUCACUGCUGAGGAUGCUGUCAUUUGUGGGCUGUGGUGUGUCCUUCUGUGCCCUCGCCACCACCUUCUUGCUCUUCCUGGCAGCUGGGGUCCCUAAGUCUGGGCGAACCACCGUCCGCAAGAACCUUACCUUCUCCCUGGCCUCCACAGAGGGCUUCCUCAUGGCCAGCGAGUGGGCAAAGGCCAGCAAGGUGGCGUGUGUGGCCGUCACAGCUGCAGUGCACCUCCUCUUUUUGGUUGCCUUCUCCUGGAUGUUGGUGGAGGGCCUGCUGCUGCGGAGCAAGGUGGUGACUGUGAGCCUGCACCCAGGCCCCGGGAUGAUGCUCCACUAUGCCACAGGCUGGGGCAUGACUGUGGCCAUCGUGGCCAUCACCCUUGCCAUGUCCCCCCAUGACUACGUGGCUGCUGGGCACUGCUGGCUCACUGUGCACACAGAUAUCAUCUGGGCUUUUGUGGGGCCUGUACUCUUUGUGCUGACCAUGAGCAGGGAGGCCAAUACCUGCAUCCUGGUCCGUGUGGUGAUGGUCACUGCAUCCAGCACCCGCCACCGCGCCUGCAUGCUGAGCCCGCAGCCCUGCCUACAGCAGCAGAUCAGUAUCCAGAUAUGGGCCACGGUGAAGCCCGUGCUGGUCCUGCUGCCUGUCCUGGGCCUGACCUGGCUGGUCGGCAUGCUGGUGCACGUCAGCCCAGCCUGGGCCUGUGCCACCGUGGGCCUCAAUUCCUUCCAGGGGCCAUACAUCUUCCUGGUCUGUGCUGCCUACAAUGGGGAGGUCCCAAGCACCCUGCAGAGGAUGACUGAGAAGAAGGCAGUGGAGGCAUUCACUGUGCACGCAGGCAUGGGGCCCCAGGGCUGGGAGGUCCCACCAACAACUGGGGUCCCAGGGCCCCUGCCCUUUCCUUUCAGGCCUGCUCCAGUCCUGUGGGCCCAGGACUCUGCUCUAGGCCCUCAGAUCCCUGGGAGGCAGCCCAAAACAACCCCAGAUCCUUGGCUCCACCCUGAAAACACCUGGCUCUUAGAGGGAAGGCCAAGUGCUAACCACUGCCUCAGUUUCCCCAGUGCUGAGGUAGAGCUGAGAAGGCAACAGCAGAUCCUAUUAGCCCAUCUUAAAGACAAGGAGACUGAGGCCCAGGGAAUUCUGCAACUGUGAGGCAUGGGGUUGGCUUAGAAAUGGCUCAUUUCCUCCCACCCCCACAGCAAGCAGGUGACAGGGAGGGGCCCUUGGUAGCCCAGAGGCAGGGUCUGCCCAGGGUCACCUUCCCUGGGCUCCUGUACAGAGUGGGCUGGGGUUCCUGGAGGCAGGUGGGCAGAUGAGGCUCAGGUGCUUGGGACAGGGCAUGGUUUUAAUGACUUCCAGUCCAGCCAGGAGUUCCAGCCCAGCUCCUAGUUCAUCUGCUGUGUGCCCUUAAGCAAGUUACUUUCCCUCCCUAGGCCUUAGUUUCUAUACUAAUCAUGGGGUAAACCUUUGAGUGGAUUCUUAGGGUCUUUGAUAAUGAGCUCCCCAUCCAGAGUGGGGUAGCAGAGAGAGCUUCCUGCCUCAGCCUUCCAAAAGUUCAUCUAAAGUGUCUCCCCCACUAGGGACCUCCAGCCGCAGAAGGCCCACAACCUUCUCCACUGUGCAGCCGGAGAGAGCAGGGAGGCUGGGCCCGGGGUGGCAGGGCUCUUCCAUGGGGCUGGCAAGUGGUCGGGCAGAGUGGGGGUGGGGGCUUGCCCUGGGGACCCAAGGACCCCAUUCCUCAGUUACCAGGCUGAAGGAAUAUGGGAGCAGCUGGGGGCUGCUGCCUGCCCGC